AUGCGCGGCUUAGUAGUCGCCUUAUUAGCGGUACAGUGCGCCCAGGUACUCGGCCACCCUCAUGCCGCCGCAAACACAGAAUGGAUUCCGGCUAAAACUACAACCACUCUGAACCCAACGCCGAUGCCAGAGGCAGGCGAGACCGCCAGACUUCAUGAGAAACGCGAAUAUGGUGAAAUUCUCUUGGCCAGAGCCACUACCGAAACGACCGACUCAUCUACAUCCACCACGGAGAGUACAACGUCGACCACAAGCACGUCAGACACAACUACCACCACCACAAGCGAGUCAACAUCCACUUCUACGUCCUCUUCAACAACUACAUCCUCAACUACCACUUCAUCAAUCACCUCUUCUACGAGUUCGACUACUUCGAGCACCUGGACAUCUAGCAGCUCGACGACCAGCACAUCUACAACAACAACUAGCACUGCAACUGCAACUAGCACCACCAGUGCCGCGGUGAAAGCGUGGAAUCACAGGGGAAACAUUACAGCAAUCGUAUUCGGCUGUUGUCUCAUCUCGCUAUUUUUGGGCAUCAGCAUCGUUCACUGUGCUCGUGAUAGGGCGAAGGCGCGACGCAUCGCAGCGCGAGAGCUGUUGGAAUCCAACGCUUCAUACUCAGCAAUCCCCCCUGCAGCCUCUAAAGGGAUAUCCACUCCUGAAGUCAACAGUGUUCGGUCCUCGAUGAUGUUCACCAAUAAGCCACAGACAAGUUACUUCCCAUCAACACGGAGUGUACCUUCGGUGUCCAAUUAUCACAGCCACACUCCUUCAGUGGCCUCGCAACUCACAGCGGAUCGGAUGUCUACAGGGGAGCAAACAUCGCGACCGCAAACCAGUGACGCUAAUACGCCUUUGGUUUGA